AUGCCUGUCAUAAAGUAUCCGAGGGCUAGAGAUCCUCUCUUUUAUGAAUGGGACAGGAAAGCCCAGAAAUGUGGAUUAAGACACACAAUUUAUGCUGUAAAUGGGGAUCAGUAUACUGGAGAAUGGCUGGACAACUUGAAACAUGGUAAAGGCACCCAGAUUUGGAAAAGCACAGGAGCUAUUUACAGCGGUGACUGGAAGUUUGGGAAGCGGGACGGUUAUGGCUCAUACAGCAUUCUUGACCCAGUGACCAAGGAAUACAAGAGGGUGUACACAGGCUGGUGGGAAAAUGACAGAAGAAGUGGCCGGGGGAUGUUCUUUUACCCCAACGGGGAGCUCUACGAGGGCGAGUGGAGCAAUGGCUUGCGCAGCGGCUGGGGAAAGAUGCACUACAAGGACGGCUCCACCUACGAGGGACAGUGGCUGACAGAUCAGCCCAAUGGGCAGGGCCUGCUGCAGCUCCCAAAUGGAAAUCGGUACGAAGGAGGUUGGAAAGAUGGCAAGAAGCAUGGCCCAGGAAAAUACUUCUACCUAGAUAAGGGACAGCUGUUAGAAGGCAUCUGGGUAGCAGAUAUACCAAAGUGUGGAGUUCUGGUUGACUUUGGCAGAGACAACGCUCCAGCCCCUUCUGAGCUUCCCCUCCCAGAGAUUAAACUACAUGAUCCAGCUGCUGUUUUAGCAGAGGCCCGGGCAAUGUUUGAUGACAGCCAUAAUUAAUAACCAGAUGAAGAAAAAAAAAUUCAAGAACACGAUCCUGGGUUAUUUAUUCCUUCGAGUGUGAAACCCACACCGUGGUUUUUGUGUUGCAGUCGGCCUCAUCCUUCCCUCAAGGCUCUGCAGGUAUACUUCCCUCUGCAGGUGGCUUUGCUCAGUAGCCUCCUCCCACCCCCAUUAUUUUGGAAAAGAAAGGAAAAAAAAUUAAUGGGGAAAAACCCAAAAGACAAGCACCAACAGGAUGGAAGAGAGGCAGAGUGACUCUUUGCUCAGCUCCUCUUAUUCCUCCUGCUAAGAAAUCACACUCCUGGUGGUUUCAAGGCCUUUGCUUUAGAGAAGGAGGGUUUCUACUAUGUGUUUUAAAAGC